AUGGUUGCUUUUACUGUUGAUCAAAUCCGUAGUUUAAUGGACAAAGUUACUAAUGUCCGUAACAUGUCUGUUAUUGCCCAUGUCGAUCAUGGUAAAUCUACUUUGACCGAUUCCUUGGUCCAAAGAGCUGGUAUUAUUUCCGCUGCUAAGGCUGGUGAAGCCCGUUUCACGGAUACCAGAAAGGAUGAACAAGAAAGAGGUAUUACUAUUAAAUCCACUGCCAUUUCUUUGUUUGCUGAAAUGAGUGACGAUGAUGUCAAAGAAAUCAAACAAAAGACCGAAGGUAACUCCUUUUUGGUUAACUUGAUUGACUCUCCAGGUCACGUCGAUUUCUCCUCUGAAGUUACUGCUGCUUUGCGUGUUACUGAUGGUGCUUUGGUUGUCGUUGAUACCGUUGAAGGUGUUUGUGUCCAAACCGAAACCGUCUUGCGUCAAGCUUUGGGUGAACGUAUUAAGCCAGUUAUGAUCAUUAACAAGGUUGACAGAGCUUUGUUGGAAUUGCAAGUCACCAAGGAAGAUUUGUAUCAAACUUUCUCUAGAACUGUCGAAUCUGCUAAUGUUAUUAUCUCUACCUAUGCUGAUGAAGUUUUGGGUGAUGUCCAAGUUUACCCACAACAAGGUACUGUUGCCUUUGGUUCCGGUUUGCACGGUUGGGCUUUUACCAUUCGUCAAUUUGCUAACAGAUAUGCCAAGAAGUUUGGUGUUGACAGACAAAAGAUGAUGGAAAGAUUAUGGGGUGACCACUACUUCAACCCAAAGACUAAGAAGUGGACCAACAAAGAUACCGAUGCUGAUGGUAAGAGUUUGGAAAGAGCUUUCAACAUGUUCGUUUUAGACCCAAUCUUCAGAUUGUUUGCUGCUAUUAUGAACUUUAAGAAGGAAGAAAUUCCAGUUUUGUUACAAAAAUUGGAAAUUGUUUUGAAGGGUGAUGAAAAAGAUUUGGAAGGUAAGGCUUUGUUGAAGGUUGUUAUGAGAAAAUUUUUGCCAGCUGCCGAUGCCAUGUUGGAAAUGAUUAUUAUACAUUUGCCAUCUCCAGUUACUGCUCAACACUACAGAGCUGAACAAUUAUAUGAAGGUCCAGCUGAUGAUCCAGCUUGUAUUGCUAUCAAGAACUGUGACCCAACUUCUGAAUUGAUGUUGUAUGUCUCCAAGAUGGUUCCAACAUCUGAUAAAGGUAGAUUUUAUGCUUUCGGUAGAGUUUUUGCUGGUACUGUCAAAUCUGGUCAAAAGGUUAGAAUUCAAGGUCCAAACUAUGUUCCAGGUAAGAAAGAUGAUUUGUUUAUCAAGGCUAUUCAAAGAGUUGUUUUGAUGAUGGGUAGAUUUGUCGAACCAAUUGAUGACUGUCCAGCCGGUAACAUUGUUGGUUUAGUCGGUAUCGAUCAAUUUUUAUUAAAGACUGGUACUUUGACCACCUUUGAAAAUGCUCACAACAUGAAGGUUAUGAAAUUUUCCGUCUCUCCAGUUGUCCAAGUUGCUGUUGAAGUCAAGAACGCUAACGAUUUACCAAAAUUGGUUGAAGGUUUGAAGAGAUUGUCCAAGUCUGACCCAUGUGUUUUGACCUGUAUCUCUGAAUCUGGUGAACAUAUUGUUGCUGGUACCGGUGAAUUGCAUUUGGAAAUUUGUUUGCAAGAUUUGGAAAACGACCAUGCUGGUAUUCCUUUGAAGAUUUCUCCACCAGUCGUUGCUUACAGAGAAACUGUUGAAGGUGAAUCCUCCCAAGUUGCUUUAUCCAAAUCUCCAAACAAGCAUAACAGAAUUUACUUGAAGGCUCAACCAAUGGAGGAAGAAUGUUCUUUGGCCAUUGAAGAAGGUAAGAUUAAUGCCAGAGAUGAUAUUAAAGCCAGAGCUAGAAUUAUGGCUGACGAAUACGGCUGGGAUGUUACUGAUGCCAGAAAGAUUUGGUGUUUUGGUCCAGAUGGUAACGGUCCAAACGUUGUCGUUGACCAAACCAAGGCUGUUCAAUACUUGCAUGAAAUUAAAGAUUCUGUAGUUGCUGCUUUCCAAUGGGCUUCUAAGGAAGGUCCAAUUUUCGGUGAACCAAUGAGAUCUGUCAGAGUUAACAUUUUGGAUGUCACUUUACAUGCUGAUGCUAUCCACAGAGGUGGUGGUCAAAUUAUCCCAACCAUGAGAAGAGCUACCUACGCCGGUUUCUUGUUGGCUGAACCAAGAAUCCAAGAACCAGUCUUUUUGGUUGAAAUUCAAUGUCCAGAACAAGCCGUUGGUGGUAUUUACUCUGUUUUGAACAAGAAGAGAGGUCAAGUUGUUUCUGAAGAACAAAGACCAGGUACCCCAUUGUUCACUGUUAAGGCUUACUUGCCAGUUAACGAAUCUUUUGGUUUCACUGGUGAAUUAAGACAAGCUACUGGUGGUCAAGCUUUCCCACAAAUGGUUUUCGACCAUUGGUCUACUUUAGGUUCUGAUCCAUUGGACCCAACCUCCAAGGCUGGUGAAAUUGUUGUUGCUGCCCGUAAGAGACAUGGUUUGAAGGAAGAAGUUCCAGGCUGGCAAGAAUACUACGAUAAAUUGUGA